GGUUUUGCUGUUCGCUUUUAAUAUAGGCUAGUACACAGAGGCUGAAGUAGUUGGUGGCUGGGGAAAUGGUUCAUUUUGUUUAGUUGUUUUUGGUUUCUUUUUCGGUUUCUUGUGGAGAAUAUUACACCGACAAACUUUAACACUGCUUCCACUGUUUUUAAUAUGACCUGGAUACAACGUGUUUUCUUUCAAGUGUUUCGUUUUGGAGUUGAGAUACAAUGAGGUGAACUUGUUAAAAGUUUGAGGAGUAAUACCUAUGUAUUACAAUGUAAGUUCGUCGCGCAGUCAUGACUAGAGCCAAAGACGUCGACGACGACAUCAAGAAACCGACCGCUGAUGACGAUGACGACUGCUGUUACCGAUCGGUUCGCAGUGGUCCGCAGGACGGCGGCUGGGGGUGGGUGGUCGUACUGGCCUCCCUCACCUGCAACAUCAUUGUGGACGGCCUCUGCUUCACCUCGAGUCUUUCAAAAGCUCACUUCGUCAAGCAUUUCGGCGCCUCCGAGGUCCAGGGAGGUUUUGUUAGCUCGCUGCUAGCAGGAUGCUACCUUACUGUGGGUCCGCUGGUGAGCGCGCUGGCCAGCAGGUAUGGCUGUAGACGGGUGACGAUCUGCGGCGCUAUUCUCUCCUCGGUCGCCUUCCUCGUCAGCACCCAGUCGAGCAGUAUCGAGAUGCUCAUCCUCACCUACAGCAUCAUGGGAGGUAUUGGAUUUGGAAUGAUCUAUCUCCCAGCGAUCGUUACCGUGGGCUACUGGUUCGACAAGAAGCGCGGCUUCGCCACCGGAAUAGCUGUCUGUGGUUCGGGAAUAGGAACGUUUAUAUUUGCCCCACUCGGAGAAUACCUCCUGGAGGAAUAUGGGUGGAAAGGAUGCAAUGUGCUUAUGGCUGGAAUCAUUCUCAACUGUGUGGUGUGUGGUGCCGUGUUCCGACCGCUGGAUAAGAAGAAACCCAGACGAGAUUACCACGAGGAGAUCGUGGUCCAGCGAGGAUCCAUCAUGAAGGCUUUGAUCGAGGAGAAGAAACGUCAGAGGACCAUCUCGAACGGGUCUUUGGACAACUGCAUCAUCACCAAGGACAACAGACUGAUCAAAAUCGACCCAGCUCUGUUCGAGUGUCGCGGUGGCCGUCACAACUCGUUCAUCGCCAAGUUCAAGGAGUCUCUCGGAUUCAGCACCAAGUCGCUGAACAACAGCAAGCAAAGCCUAGUCAUCCCGCACAUUGUGAUCAGCCCGUCCAACGGGUCCUCGUCCACCGUCAACUCGAGUCCCAUCUACAAACCGUCAGUGAAGUCAUCAACACAGACAAUGAUGACGCUGUCCUCGACAAACGACAAGUGUUCCACUCUUCCCAAUGGUGCUGGAUUACACAACAUUGGACUACAAAAUAUCGGACUACCAAACAGGGAAAUACAAAACGGUGGACUUCAAAAUGGACACGUGCCGUUGCUAAAUGAGAGCGGGGAGCAGGUUCAGAAGGCGAGAAGUCUGAACACGCUGCCACAAGGAGACCCCUGGCUGAGGCUGUCCCAGGAGAACUCUCUCAACACGCGCAGUUUCAGUUGCCAGGGCGUGCACCACAUCAACGGGGUCGGGCCUCCCACAGGGGCUGGUGCCAGCGUCAUCAGCAUCCAGGUCGUACCCACCGACUCUAGGAGCAGCAUGCGGCAGCGGCACCGCGCCGGGGGGUCGAGUCGGUCGCUGUACAGCACGAUGGGGACGCGCAGCAUGCCGGCGUCGAUUGUGGGUGCGAGCGUCAUGUGCAUUCCGCAAUACGAUGCCAGCGUGGAGUCGCUCGAGCUGGAACGCAACCGGUCAACCAUUGUCAAGGUGCUCCUCUUCCUCAAAGACAUGUUUGAUUUCCGUCUUAUAAAAAGUCCGAUGUUCGCACUGCUUCUUUUCGCCAGUAUUCUGAGUAUGUUAGGGUUCUUUAUUCCGUUCGUCUUCAUUGGGAUUAAGGCAGACGAAAUCGGAAUAGGAGGAACCCAUUCUGCGUUCCUCCUGUCAAUCAUUGGUACAACCAACACCAUUGGGCGAAUCAUUUGUGGGUGGAUCGCAGACCGCCCCUGGGCAGACCCACUAGUACUGAACAAUCUAGCCCUUGUUGCAGCGGGAGUGUUUACAAUGCUGUGUCCAUUUUGUGAAACGUUUCUAUCACUUGCUUUGUAUGCAGCAGCAUUUGGGUUCUGUGUGGCUGUGUUUGUCUCUCUUCGUUCAAUACUACUCGUUGACCUCUUGGGUCUUGACAUGUUGACAAAGUCGUUUGGAAUCCUCAUCCUGUUCCAGGGAGUGGCGUCGAUGGCAGGCAGCCCUCUAGCAGGUCGACUCCUGGAGAGUACUGGUGACGUGGCUGCAUGUUUUUACAUGGCGGGCUCGCUGAUCGCGCUGUCGGGCAUCCUCAGCUGUCCUCUCAGACACUUAAAACGCUGGGAGCUCGGCAAACGGCCUGACCCGCUGCCGGAGGAAAUGCCCAUCAAUGAGACGCUGAAAGUCGAACAGUUUGAGACGACGAUGUGAAAUACACGCGUGUGGAUUAAAACCGACAGUGUAAUUCAUGAAAGUACAUGGGGCUGCGAGACCACAGUACAAACUGAAAGGAAUGAUCGACAGGCUAGAUGUGCGAGUUUUGUUAAUGUGCAACAGUGGGUUUAGACUACCGAAUUUUCUACAGUGGUUGGUGGAAAGACCACAAGUGAUUUGGGUUUAGACUACCGAAUUUUGGACAAUGGUUGGUGGAACGACCACAAGGUGAAUUCUGACAGUGUGGGUGAAACCUCCGUGUGAUUUUAUACAACUCAAGGUUGAUACCACAAGAUUUUCUCUUUUCUUUUUGACUUUUCACAAAAGAGGUUUGAAACUACCUAAGUGAAUCACAUGUGAGGGUUGUUGACCUUUAGAUGAAAUUGCAAGUGCGGGUUGAGACCAGUAUCAGUAUGGCAGAUAAAACAACUCUCUCUUUUUAUUGAUGCAAAUUACUGUUAGCAGUAGGACAUCUACAAGUAUUUGGUAUCUGUGUCACGUAGGAAGUUACGUCAAUAUGGAACACUGAUCAAGAUAAAGAUAAAAGAAUGCAAUUAAUGUCUAUUUUGAACUGUAUUAAUUAUUUGUACUGUUUGCAGUCAUAACGUGUUCAGUCAUAACUUUGUUUAUUGUUCAAAACUACGCUACUAAAUGUAUGGUUAAAAGUAAUCCUUAUAAAUACAGCGAGUUCAAAAUUACAUAAAUAAUUUUGUUUCGUUUUAACUGUAAACAUUACAAUGUUUUGUGAACAUGGCCCAAGUUUGUUUCUUCUGUGGAGCCUCACUUCCAGUCGUCUACAUCGUGCUAAAAAUCCGAGACAGAUAUUUAAAUGUAUCAAUGUGCUCUAGUGGUGUCGUUAAACAAAAAUAAAUUAUAACAAUAUUAUUUAACAUCUCUAUAACAGUCAUGUAAUGGGCUUAAUAAAAAUCGCCAUUAGGAAAGUGUGUGCGUGAUAGUGGGUCACGGAAGCAAUCACGACUUUGCCUCAUAUCCUUUUAACUCUGCAUUGUGGAGAGAUAUGAUUUUGAUCAUGAAAUACGGUUUGGUCAUUCUGAUUCGACGUUAAACGUGUAUUAAUAUUUGUGUGCAUUCCUGGCAUUAACCAAAGUGCCAGUUUAAACAGAUACAUGUUCUCUAGAAACAGUGGUCGUUGUAGCCAAUGACAGUAAACAGUAUAUCAGAUUAAUGUGUGCACUGGUUCAUGUUUUAACAACUAGCACAAUAAUCGGUUCGAGCAUUUCGUAACAUUGGUCAUCGUCAAAUAUUCAGGAAUCAUUUUCCACUUUUGACGUCUGCUGCCACAAGGGAGAGAACUCUUGUUAUCACAAGUGCCAUUUAGUACCAUUUACAGCCACAGACUUUAUACGGAGAGAUUUAUCUGUGUCUAUAUAACAUGAAAGGCCUACUACAAAUCGUACGAGGAUUGUAAUUGGCUGACUUAAGCACUGUGAUCAUCUUGAUAUAUGUGAUGACAAUGUUAAAUUUGAUUGGUUGAUUUCACCGACGUUCCGUGGUUUGUAUUGAUUGACGCCUAAGGGUGAAAUGUGAUUGGCUGAUUUAACGUUCUGUGGUUUGAUUGACACGUAAUAGUGAAAUGUGAUUGGUUGAGCAGCCUUCCGACUGCCUCAAACGGAUCUCAAGCGAUGCUUUUUUCUUAUGUACUCAGGAUUAAUAGUAAAAUGGUUUUCUCUUGAAAAAUAAAACUUGUGAUGUUGACAAGGUACUAGAAGAGGGAACCAGUGUCCUCGAAAAAAUUAACUUUAACUUGUUUAUGCUUUUGUAUGUUUGUUUAAAAGAACACAAAAUGGAGCUUGUUAAUGGGCAUCAACCAGAUUGCGAUGAUUUCUGGGGGUUUUCUGUUGUUUGUCGGUUUGGGGUGGGUUUUGGUGCUGUUUUUGUUUCUUCUUCUGUUGUUGUUAUUUUGUUAAUGCUGUAUCAAGUCCAAAACCCUGUGCUCCUAAUAAAACAAAAACAAAUGUAGCAGGUUUCCCCUGAAGACUACAUGUUUGUAAACCAGUGAUUAAUUAAACAAUGUGAUCUAGUGGUAUCGUUAAACAAAACAAACGUUUAUCACAACUGACUGAUAGAACAGUGUACAAUAUUAAAUAAAGCAAUGUCUCCGUUUUGUUAAGAAAACUGAAAUUGGGGUGGGGGGUGGGGGGGUGUACAUGCUAUUGUCAUUAGUCUGGAUUGGUCUUAAACAGAGUCGAGUAAUUCUAGCAGACAGACAGGCGGGUGUGAUUUUCAUACAAACUAUUUCAAAGUUUAAAAACAUUUAAAAUGUUUCAUUAAAAUAAGUUUCUAAUUUUUCUUCUUUCUUUCUGUCCUAUCUUGUUCAAUUUAUGGUGAUAAUUUGGGGCGUUUUGUAACAAAAAUGAGUGUAUGAUAUAAUUAUUGAUAUUGUUAAAAUCAGACAGCAUACACUUGGAAAGAUGGUUAUGGAAACUUGUUUUGUUUUGGUGUGUGUGUGUACGUGCGUGUGUGUUUUAGGAGUCGAUAUACAGAUCUAUAUCAAGAAUCUAAUCAUGGGCAAAUUGCCAUUACAGACUGAGGCAAAAAAUGGUUGAUGGCCCUGCUAAGUGUUUUUGUCUUAAUUGUAUUUGUUUCUCUUUUGUCAGUUUUUACGUAUAUUCAGAAAAAGAGUUGAUAAUUUUAAAUGUCUUUAAGUGCUAGGAAAACUGUGAUCGUACUCAAAAGAUGGUCAUACGUGGGUCCCACAACUUGAGAUCAAAACCACUGCUUGUUUUUAGAUCUAGACCAUUGCAUGUUUGCAACAAAAUGUAAACGUGAUAUAGCACGUCAUUAUAAUUUAUCCAUAUUUCCGAAGGCUUCAUUCAAACAAAAGAAAGAAAGAAAAACAAAACAAAACAAAAAAGCAAAUGAAAGUUGUCAUUUUUCCAUUUAGUUUGUGUAGUUUGUUUUAUAAGUGCUUUCCAUUAUUAUUUUAAAUGGAGUUAUUUAUGUCUUUCGUUACAAAUAUAUAUAUAUAUAUAUAUAUAUAUAUAUAUAUAUAUAUAUAUAUAUAUUUUGCUACAUAUUUUGAUUGAAAGGUGUCUUUUGCUUUUGCAAAAAAUACACAGUUUAAUAUCUGAAUUCAAAAUGGAUCCACGUGUCUUGUUUUAAAAUGUUUAAUAAAUUCUUUCAGCCAAAAACUCAAUAGCAAAACAGAUAUGUUGUAUAGAAAAUAGCAUGAUUGGAACACGCACUCUAAUAGGUUCGAUUAUUAAGAGUAGAAUACUGGACCCGUCUUGGGCAGUUAUCUCUGGCGAAGUCGGACUUUGUGACCACGACAGGCUUGCUUGAACAAUUUUAUGAUGGAAGCAUGUUAAAAAAUAGCACACGCUCCCAAGAAUACUUGGAUCCAUUUUGUACUGAGUUUUUUAAUGUCUGUGGCAUACCAUUUAAUUUGAGAUUUAUUUGGUGUAUUAUGUACAGAUCCCCGGAGCUGUUUAUACUUCUUUGCGUUUUAGUGCAUGAAUAGUCAUUCAAAUCUGUAUUGUUUCAUAUUGUUCAACAAGGUGGCGAGGAACCUUUAUAAAACUGUCUCAUUUCAACAAACAAGGGCACGUCACACGACACGAGUGUCUUGUACGGAAAUCAGCCACGAGAACAGCCGAUUGACGGAACAAACAUUACGAUUCCAUCAGUUGCUAUGCAGUCGGUUAUUCUCGUGGCUGUUCCUAUACGAGGCACUCGUAUCGUGUGGUAUCACCUUAACACUGAGACGAGGUAUGGUGCAGGGGACACUAAUCCCCAGCUGACGAUUAUGCCCCUCCCCCCCCCCCCACCCCCACCCCCACACCUCAGUUGAAAGACUGAUUCAUAUAUUGCUGGGACCAAAUUCACUAAAACUCUCGCAACUUUGCGAAAAAACUUGCGGAGAGGCUGCUUUGGUGUCUAGCAGAGCCUAAGAGAGCUUUGUGAAUUAGGCCCCUGGUCCCUUUUGUUGAUGUCAUCUUCCAACGCCUAAAACUUUGCUACGUGUCCGUAACGUUCAGACACGUCGGUCACGUGCACAAUAUCUGACGUCAAGAACUACACGAAAUUUGUGUUGUAUUUAGAGUUUAGAAUAGUUUACGGCAAGAACCAAGACAGUUUUAUAAGGACACCGUCACAAAGGACACAUAAAAGGAUCAAAUACAUAUCCAGCCAGUACAUAGGAUUUUAACAAAACACCGGAGGUAUCGCCUAUUGUUGGACUCUUAUUUGUUACACGCAAUUUGAUUGGCUUCAGGCCCGCUGCCAGUUGAGCGCAGUAUAUGCUUGUACGUAUACAAAAUUUUCUGAUUUUUUGUCACCCGAUACACUUCUAUUUUUCAAAAAAAAAAAAAAAGACAAUUUUGUUUCGUGCAUAUACAAAUGUUAUUGCUGGCAACGAGUCUGAUUGGCUUUCCGACUUUUAAAUAAUUGUAUACAGCUUUCUUUCAGUGAGUUUUAUAACAUACUUCUGACGUCAUGUAUAUGUACAGGUUUCGUAAUUUCAUAUAUAUAUUUAUCAAUGUGGGUAGAUGCAGUUGUCGUUUAAUAUGUGAAUAAUUCAGGUGCUUUCUCUCGAUCAGACGUCUAGUAAAGAUUUGUAACAUGUAGUCUGAUUGGUUCACAGCUUAGAGUUAUUUUCUUAUUCCUGGGCAGACUGAAGACUCUAACUUUCCGAUCUCGCAGUUCAAGCCAAAAGAGUUGCAAGGACGGUGCGAUGUUGCUUAAGAGCGUUUUGUGAUUUAAGCUCCAGGGCCCCGUUCUACGAAGCGAUCUUAGCCCUAAGAUUACCUUAAGCGCAUGGUUCCACGAAACGGUCGUAAGUGCGCGACAUUCGUAAGUUAUGAUCGCCAUUAUUGUUACUUACGACGGUCGUGGUGUUAUGGUCGCUUCCUGUAAAGAGGUCCACUUUAAGUAGAUAUGGACACAUAAACCAGUUCAUUAGUAUAACUUCGGUAAUCUUCUAAUUCUUUCAACUGCGCAUUCAAAGCAUUAGUGAAUUAACCAUCAAAAUAAAGUAUUAGACGUGCUUACAUGCAUCCUGAUGGUUCAAACAUGAUUGUCGUGGGCACAAAUACUGGCUUUACGUUUGAUACAAAUCGUUAGUAGACGUAUCGGUGUAGAAAGCUCCUUUAUAUUAUAUGUAGGUAGUCUUUGGUACGUAUUUCGGUACCGCUUUGCAAACAUUGUGUCAUAUGUUAAAAGCACGAUGAUUGUACAAACUAUAGGGCGUCCACUACAUCACGUGUUUAGUUUACCGUGUAAUUGUGAUAUUAUCUGUGUAAGCUGUCUGCUAUUUGUCAAACAUAUUACACUGUAUUUAGAAUAUCAAUAUUAAACUACACCCAUGACUGUUAAGAAAUAAAAUAUAUGUUUUUCAUAUUGCCAUUUAGUGAAGAAGAAAAAUGAAACAUAGUUCUUGAGGUACGUACUUAUUUCUGAUUGGCAUAGACUGUAUUUGUAGCUGCUAUACAGAUCAGGAAGCCAUAAACGCAAUGGACUUGCCAAAAUUAAUAAUUUAAGCUAAACACUUAACAGUUACAGAGACUGCACACGAUACAUGUGCGUCGCACGAUAAUAGCAGAUUGCGUAUCAACCGGUGACAUCGCAAUGUUGUCUUGUCACUGUCGGCUAUUGUCGUCUGAGACACUCGUUUCAUUUGGCGUCGCCAUUAGGCCAAUAUUAAAUAAAACUUAGAUUUUCAUCCACUCGAUGUGCAGUAUUUCCUGAAAAUAAAAAAAUAAACACAAAAUUCUACACACCCUACCCCCGUUUUGAAAAAAUAUAUAAAAAAUACUGGAUGAAAAUUUAGUAUGUUAUUUUUACUGACAUUAAAGAAAAACUGUGACAGUUGAAAAUAGUUUACACAGCUUGAAAACUAAAAGUCAGUGACCUUAAAAUUAAAUUAAUAUGAUACAUUUAGGAAAUGUUUUGGGGAUGGGUGGGUUUAAUAAUAAUAAUAAAUUUAUUUCCUCAGAGAAAUUUGUUGGACACCCUAUACUUGGGGAUUUAGUCAUCAAUAAACUAAAGCAGCAGGUUUACCAAUAAGAAAUGUAUGUUUAUUUUAAACUUAUAAAACAACUGAUUUUUGUUAAAGAGAAAUUAGAUCUGUGCCAGAACUGAUGCUAGGGGGCGAGUGGGAGGCACUUAAAUUAUUAGCGAGUCUGCCACAUUCCUUCCCUAAUGAAACUUUAUUUUGUGUGUAGUGGCUAUAAAUUUCACCACCACCCCCCCCCCCCCCCCCCCCCCCCAAAAAAAAAACAACCCAAAAAACCAAACAACAACAACAAAAAAACAAAAAGAGGAGAAAAACAAAACCCACCCGUCGCCAACCCGUGUCAGUUCUGGCUCCGGCCCUCAACUACUUUAAACUAUUGCAGCUAUAUCACUGGACACCGGUUUUUCUUAAACGCGGAUGUUUAAGCCUAGUAAAUGUUACACACGCGUCUAAGUCUAAAGCCGGGUUUGUAAAAUGGGUCAUCUGUUUGUAUUUGUUAUUUUUGAUGAAUAUAUGAUGUACUUUCUUACGAUUCUAGUUUGUCGGUGACGAAAAAAUGGCAAGAUCAAGUAUAUACUCAUUAAUUUUCACCAUAAUUAUGAAUGUAUUGGCAUUAGCAUGAUUAUUGAACUACAACAAACUACAACAUUGCUUUUUAGGGGAGGGGGCAUAAAUACCCGUUUUUAAAGGCCCCUCCCCACAAUCCCCCAUCAAGUAGCCCGAGUACUGUGCCGGUAAGAGAGCUAGAUGGACACUUGGCUAGUUAGGGUGAUCAUAGUCAUCAUGUCCUGCCCGACACCAAAGUACUGGAGUCCCGCCCGUUACCCAGGACACAUUUAUUGACCUCUAACCUUCCUCUUCCCACCCACCACUUUAUGAAUACCGUAUCCUAUUUAGACCCAGUUAAUACUGAGGGCUGUUUUAAAGACUGGUCUGUUUUUCCCUCUUAGAUAACGACAGUGAUGGUGGUGGACAACAAUAGUUUAUAAUUUUAAAAAGGAAGGGUUUUUUCCAUGUUUUUGAGGACCUUGGAGCCCACCACCUGUAUCCUACACAAUUGUUUCCCAUAAUCUCAGACCUACCCAACAACAGAUCCCAGUCCAGUGUAUUCGGGGUUGGGAUGGGGGGGGGGGGGGGGGGGGGGGGGGGGGUAUGGGUAUAGUGUGGACCUGUGGCUAAAUAUUUAAUUGGAUAAUAUAAUUUUUAAAAUGUCAUUUUAAUCAUCUGUUGUAAUCAUAACACUUGUUUGUGAAUGUCUUUAAUAAUAUGAUCAAAUAGGUUACACUGAAACUUUAUUUUGGAGAGAUAAUAACAAAGUUGUAAAAUGUACGUACAUUUCGUACAUUGUUGUUAAAUAAAAUUCAUAUUGUUUUUAA